AUGAACAUCUUUGCUUUUCAAGCCCCGUUCUCCCUGCUUUCUGGUCGCCCCCAGUUAGCAUCAACUGUCUGUGGCACAUCAUCCUCAGGAUCUUUAAUCUCAUCGUUCCCUGGAUCACCAGUCGUCCCACUUCGGUACAACCAAAGGGCUUCCAAGGACUUGAUUUCUUUUUCUUCACCCAAGAAAUUUUCUAGGACCACUGUGUCGGCCUCUGCUUCGAAAUAUGCUGCCGAGCGUGCUGCUGCUGUCUCAGCUGUUGGUAUGACGUCUACUCUCUCCAGAAAAUUACAAGAGAAUUUCGAUGAGGCUCUAGUCGUCAUCAAAGACGAUGCUUCUCCGGUGACUGUCGCAGACUUCGCCGUCCAGGCUCUCAUCGUCUCCCGUCUCCAUGAACAGUUCCCCGAGGACAACUUCAUUGCUGAAGAGUUUGUGCUGGACUUGCGCAAAGACAUGGCCUUGUUCCGAGCCGUUUGUGACGCCACAGGUAUGGAUGAGGAAGCUCUUGUCAAAAUUAUCGACCUCUGUGAUUUCACAGGCGCGGAUGACUCCAGGACCUGGAUACUUGAUCCCAAUGAUGGUACAAGGGGCUUUGUGAAGAUGCGUCAUUACUGUAUCGCCCUUGGUCUGAUGGAGGGUGGCGUCAUGAGGGUCGGAGUUCUGGGAUGCCCUAAUUUGCCCGUUUCUGGAAUUGUUGCCGAUGUCGGUUCGCAGCUCGGAUCUAUCUUCCAUGCUGAACAAGGUCAAGGGGCAUACAUGAUCGCUGAGAAGGAUAUCGAUACAUCUUCAGUUGAUCCCAGUGUCGUUCUCAAGGGCAAGCGUUGCAAUGUCUCCGACGUCACUGAUCCUUCAAAGGCUGACUUCUGUGAGUCAUUCGAGGCUCGUCACUCGUCACAUUCGCUCUCUACGAAGAUUGCUGAAAUUCUGAACAUGAAUGGAGCCCCGUACCGUUUGGACUCUCAAGCUAAGUAUGGAUGCAUUGCUCGAGGUGACGUGAGCAUCUUCUUGAGAUUCCCCCGUGAGGGGUAUGUCGAGAAAGUAUAUGACAGUGCCCCCGCUGUGAUUGUAGUAGAAGAGGCCGGCGGGCGUGUCACGGAUGGCCGUGGCCAACCUCUCGACUUUAGCAAGGGGAGAUACAUGGACAAUGAUGAUGGUAUUGUUGCUACAAAUGGUGUCAUGCAUGACACAAUCAUCGAGGCUGUUCAGGCAGCUAUCAAACAGAAGGCCGCUGUGUGAAGGUGCGGAUUCUGGCCAGAGAUCAAUAGGAAGGAAAGGGCUAUUUGCCCUCUCUCAAGUAUGCUUUCGCCAGAAGCCAUGCUCAUGAAUUUACAGUUGAAUGUAGGGUUACUACGACAUCGAAGGUAUCUACAAAACCACGAACAAUGCAUAAGGAAUGCAAUCUGCAGAAUAGAAUCGAUAAAAUUGAUUUUUCAUGAA